GGGGCCUGGCAUUUGGCCCUGCACUUGCUGCAGGAGUCCCUGCCCGGGUUCCCUGCUGGCCCAACCUUCGCACCCAUCUCAGAACCUGGGUUCCCAAGGGGGCCGCCUCAAGUGGUUGCCAGGAACCUGAGGCCAUGGCUGCCCCACUUUUGGCUGCACGAUGCUGAUGUCAGAGUGGCCAUUGUGACCUGUGCAACCAAGGCCUCAAAAGGGAAGGCUGGGCUCAGGCCGUGUGUCAGUGCGACCUGACAACGGGAGGAGAAGGCAGGGCAGGGACUCUGCUGCCCAGGGACCAGAGGAGCCCCACAGCUCGGGGCUCCGGGCCUGUGCUGCAGGCUCCCCUGCCUCUCCCUGCCCAGAAUCAGCGGAGGAACAGCCAGAGCAGACUGCGGUGUUCCUCGAGGCGACGACGGGAGGAGAAGGCGGGCAGGAGCAGGGCUCACGCAGGGCUCAGCAGGGAGUAGUGCCCUUGUGGCUCUGGGCCUGUGCUGCAAACUCCCCACCCUCCUCUUUCUCCCACAGAGAGAGAGGACCAGCACCUGGAGGAGACUGUGACGUUUCUGGACAGGGACUCACUGCUGACGGCUGCCAUGUGCGACAGCAAGCAGGAGGGCCCUGGUGCCAGGGAGCCAGUGUGCAUGCUGUGUCGCCGUGCAGAGGCUGACCCGGACAUCUGCGGUGACAAACUGGAGAAGCGCGGGCUCUGUGCCCACCUGUACUGCCUGUUCUUUGCCACUCUACUUUUUCGUCAAGAGAACAAGCAUGUUGGACUCAUGGGAUUUCUUCCUCAAGAUAUCCAAAUUGCAGUGCGGCGGGCGGCACAAAAGCGCUGCUGCGUCUGUGGCCUGAGCGGGGCAGCCAUCAUGUGCUGCAUGGAGGGCUGUGACAGAUGGUUCCACCUGCCCUGUGCCAAGGAGGGUGGCUGCAUCACACAGUAUAUUCCAUAUUACAGCUCCUUCUGCCCUGAGCACUGUCCAAAGCAGGAUGUGGAGGCAACUCCAGAGCCGGGCACCGAUUGCCCCAUCUGCAUGGAGCCUGUGGAGGAUAGAAAGACCUUCAGAACCCUGGUGUGCCCAACGUGCAAAAGGGCCUGGUUCCACAGGGACUGCAUCCAGGGACAGGCCAUGCGCGCUGGUCUUUUAUAUUUCCGGUGCCCCCUGUGCAGAGACCAGGAGGCAUUCCUUGUCGAAAUGUUCAUCAUGGGGAUCCGAACCCCCUUCAGACUGCCAACAUGGGAGGACAACAAUGCCUUCGUGAAUCUAAGAGAGAGGCACAGCAGGUGCAAUGCCAGGGAUUGCCUUUACCCGGGAGGCAGGGAGGAGGCAGAGGAAGAGGGGCCCUGGGAACUGCUCCUGUGCUCCUCCUGCGCUGCUGAGGGCACCCACAGGCGCUGCUCCGGCCUGAGAAACAGCGUACAGAGCUGGGAGUGUGACAGCUGUGCUGGUCUUGGAACGGCCUCCAGAGAUGAGCCAGAGCUCAGUGGGCCCCGGCUGGCUAGUCAGUCAGGACGGGAGCCUGCUAACGGCUCCGCAGAAUCUGAGGCCAUCAGCCCCAGCUCCUGUGGCCCGGUGCCAUCGGGGCUGGAUCCCCAGGCUUCAUCCACAGAGACCAGCAGCAGCAGCAGCCACCAACGCACAGCACGGCAGCAGUCUCUGCCAUCUCCCUCGCUGGACACCAGCAGCCCCAGCACACCAAGGUCAAUGUACAGCAGCACCCCUGAGCCUGAGGACAGCGGCCAUUCCAGACAUGCUGGGCCCGGCCGCAGGCGCACCCGCUCCCACCAGCAAGGUCGGGCCUCCAAUGGACCAGUCCGAUCAAGGAGUCGCCGUGAGAGCUGCAGCAGGACGAGACCAAGGACUGAGAGGCCCAGGCAAAGGGAGACACCUUCACAGGCAUCCCCCAGACGCCGCCGCUCCUGCCAGCAGCACCGGGCCCUCAGUCCACCUGUCCGGUCCAGGAGUCGCCGUGACAGCAGCCACAGGACAGCACCAAGGACUGAGAGGCCCAGGCAAAGGGAGACUCCAUCAGGGACAUCGCCCAGACGCAGAAGCUCCCGCCUGCAAGGUCAGGCCCUAAGUCCACCUGUCCAGUCCAGGAGUCGUCGUGACAGCAGCCACAGGACAGCACCAAGGACUGAGAGGCCCAGGCAAAGGGAGACUCCAUCAGGGACAUCGCCCAGACGCAGAAGCUCCCGCCUGCAAGGUCAGGCCCUAAGUCCACCUGUCCGGUCCAGGAGUCGUCGUGACAGCAGCCACAGGACAGCACCAAGGACUGAGAGGCCCAGGCAAAGGGAGACUCCAUCAGGGACAUCGCCCAGACGCAGAAGCCCCCGCCUGCAGCGCCGGGCCUCAAAUCAACCUCUCCGGUCCAGGAGUCGCCAGGACAGGAGCAGGAGGAGAGCAGCAAGUGCUGAAAUGCCCAGGCGCACGGGGACACCAUCAGGGAGGACCCACAGGAGCAACCGCUCCCGCCAGCGGCGUCGGGCCUCAACUGGGACCUCCAACAGCAGCGCGUAGCCUCAACUUUUCUUUCUAGUCCAUCAGUUCACUGCCGGAAGUGAAGGUAUUAAGUGAAAAGUCACUUAAAUGAUUAAGAAGGACUCUUCUUCCGGCCUUUCGACUCCAAGCUGAGAUGUUUCCCCACUGCUCACUCUUGAGUGAACCUCUCCUUAAUGGGCUUGGAUACAGUUAGGGAGAUGUUCAGAGCAAGGUGUGUCUUAGGGAAGCUGUCUUUGGAAAGGUCGUGCACUGUUUUGCUAUCCUUGAACAAACUCAUUUCAGUAAAGCCAAAAGAAAGAAGAAAGAAGAGAGCGGGACACUGCCUCAAGUGUCUGAAGAAAUCCAUUACUUUAUUGCUGCUGACUUAAAAGAUUUGUUUGGAGCUUCAAAGAACAAACCAGAAAAGACUGUGGAAAUACCCUGGGACAAAGAGGAUGCACAGGACUCUGCCCCAGAUGACCAUCUGGGACCUUUGCCCAAGAACGACGCAGCUCAGGAGUCGAGCGCGUUCAAGUUUGCCUUCUUUGGAGACACAGAGGAGUUGGGCAUCAAAGAAGAUAAAUGAGGCCUUAUGAAAAGAAGAUGAAACAACAUUAAAUUGACUAACAGACCUGUAGGAGAGAAAAGAAACCAUGUGAAGUUAUCCAAAAUAUUAAAAAAAACCAACGCAACAACACAAGGCAACAAGACUCACACACUUGUGCUGAAUUCAGAAGGUAUUCAGUGCCUUCUGAAUGCAACGAUAAAUGUUUAAGAAUACAGCAGAGAUCCCUAGAACAAAGUGCAAAAUCCUGGAGCCGAGAUGUAGCUCAGAAAAUCUGGCAGGAGAAGAUUCUGUCCUUCCUACAUCUGUCUUCUCCACUAGUCUUGCAGAUUCGGAACAAUAAAGCCGGUAAAAGUCACAUGGCAAGAGGAUUCACGUUUCCAAGACAGCAGUUCUGAGGGUGAUGAUGAGCCUGAGACGCGAGAAACUGAAAAGGACCAAGAAAUGCAAGUUUGUUUCUUUACCACGCACAGAAAGUGCUAGAGUUUUCUUCUUCUCCAAAGAUGAUGAACGCCUAAGAGAGAAUUGCCUAAUAGGAAUCUAGACUUUUAGACCUUACCAAAACAUUAGCCACGUGACAGGUUACCUAGACAUUUUGGAUCCUUUCAGAGGGCCCAAAGUUAUUUUGUAGAUCAGUAGAGUUCAGUGAAGAAAAAGGGUUGGGAAGACUGAUGUAGAUUAUUGCUUGAGGAGCAGCUACUUAACUGUAUGUAAAGGAUGUAUUUAAGAGAAAGAGUGAAUUUAGAGACUUCUCCUAACAGUGGAUUCAGAAACUUCUCUGAAGAAUUCGUUAGAUUUUCAUUAUUUCCCAGAAUGCUGAAGGAAGCAUAGGGAUACCAAACAGAAAUGCAAGGAAACCAAUAAAAUCUUUAGUGAAUAGAAACGUGCCA